CGUUUAACACCUUCCGUCAUUACCGGGCGGGAUUUCCGCAUCUAUGUCAAGUAUGGCGAAAACAUACGACUAUUUGUUUAAAUUACUGCUAAUCGGAGACUCUGGAGUUGGAAAGACCUGUAUCCUGUUCAGGUUUUCAGAGGAUGCGUUUAAUUCUACGUUUAUAUCAACAAUAGGUAUUGAUUUCAAGAUUAGGACGAUAGAGCUCGACGGCAAAAAGAUAAAGUUACAAAUAUGGGACACGGCCGGUCAGGAGCGUUUCCGGACCAUCACCACUGCUUACUACAGAGGAGCCAUGGGCAUCAUGCUUGUCUACGACAUCACAAACGAGAAGUCUUUUGAUAACAUUAAGAACUGGAUAAGGAACAUUGAAGAACACGCCUCAUCCGACGUGGAGAAGAUGGUUCUGGGCAACAAAUGUGACAUCAACGACAAGAGGCAGGUGACCAAAAUGGGAGGAGAAAAGCUUGCAUUGGAGUAUGGGAUCAAGUUUAUGGAAACGAGUGCAAAAUCCAACAUUAAUGUUGAAAACGCGUUUUUGACGCUAGCCAGAGACAUCAAAACAAAAAUGGACUCUAAACUGGAGGGCAACGCGCCACAGGGAAGCAGUCACGGUGUGAAAAUAUCGGAGCCUCAGAAGAAGACCAGCUUCUUCCGCUGCAGUCUGCUCUGAGGAGCAGAGCUCUGGUUCUGGGCGUCUACAGACUCUUCCUUCCUCUUUCCUCCUCUUCCAUGGCCUUUUCCUCAGACAGCACGGACCACUAUGGUCAGGCGGGGAGGACACCUGGUCUCCAGAGCUUCCACGAGUCUUUCUUCCACUCAGGAGUUUGGAUGUCUUCAUGGAUCAGAGCUGGUGAAACUGGGACCUUUGACUUCACGCAGAGUUAAGUUUGCACAACUGAGGAUGAGGAUCUGUAAAUUAUUGUAACUGUUUUCAAUACAAAUGAACAUUUACUUACAUUUCAAGAGUUUUUUCUUCCUCUUUCAUACGAGCACUGUAGCCACAUUUCAUUUUCACUUCUCAGAGUCAUAUCAGCCGUCAGCGACCGUAGAAAAGCUUGGUGUUUGCUCGUCCCCGGCCCGCCGCUGGACUACCUUUCAGAUCCAGAGAGCAGUUCUGCUACAGGACGGUGACCGUCCUGUAGCAGAACUCUAGCUAACGUCGUUUAACCUGUGCUCUUAUUGUGCGGCUGUUCUGGAAAAUCGCUGAUGGCGGUUUUUCAAGCCUCGUCAUGAAAACCGUUUCCCGUGUUUGUGGGAAAGUUCAGGUCCGAGGAGCGCCUCGCGUCUGCGCCGUCUGACGGGACGACGUCCGGCCUGACCUCCACGUCUGUGGUGUGACAGGCUCCUCCCUCCACGCAGCUUCCUGUGCACUUUAGCAGUAAAAGCCUUUGACGUGUGUGUAGUUUGGUCCUUUAAUAGACGUUUGUCUGACUCUAAAUGACCUGCUCUGUUCCACCAUCAGUUCCUGUGAUGACUCACAUGUUCAAACAUGUUUCCCUGUAAUCACGUAUGUUGAUGCAGUAUGUAAGCAUGAAGGACAUCUCUCAAAGUGACGGUUGACCGACGUUCAGCUUCAUGUCUGUGAAAUGUCAUGUUUUCCCUCCUCUUUCAGAACAAAAAGUCACCUUUCAUUUAAAUUGUGUGUCUUAACUUUCACGUGUUGCUGGUUUGUGUUGUGUGAUUGCUGAGGAGUGUGUAUGUUAAUGUUCCUCCAGAUGAAUGUCUGUCUGUUUUUGGGGUCAUCCUGAGGGCGUCGUGUUCUCCGGUCAGAGUCGAGCCGCAGCUUUAGGACGCGGCACGUUUCCAACAUCCAUGCGUCCCCAUUGUGAACAUAUCUCCACACGCGUGUCAUUGCUUCAUAGACUGAACAUGAUCAUCUGCUUUGCUUCUGUGUAACACGAGGAGAGUUUGGGUCAGAGACUGUAAAUAUGUCCCAACACACCAUGUUCUGUCUCAACCCGUCUAGAAUGGAUCUACGCUCUGUACAGACGUGUACUUUUGCUUUAUUAAAAGAAGAAGA